AUGCGCCUGCCCGCUUGCUUGCUCGCACAGCCCCUCAUCGUUUGGACACCCACCUGUAUCACGACCCUUCGUGACGAGGCAGAGCUCUGCCGGCCACUGCUCAACCUCAACUUCUACGGGACGUUCCGCGCGCUGCGCGCUUUCCGCCCGAGCGUGGACGAACCUGUGCAGAAGAUCUGCGUCUCCUCGCGCUUCGCGGCACGUCUCGACAUGGCCAGGGUGGUGGACGACUGGCGCGCGUGGCCACGGUCCGCCGCGCAGAUUUCGCCGUCGUGCUGGCUGGGGCGCGAGUGCAAGACCACCGGUCGGUCUGAAUGGUGCGCCAACGGGCGCACAGAAGUCACGGAAUCGCAUACUCUUGCGAUCCUUGCGAAGAUCGCGAACGAUCCUGCUCACGCUCCAUCAGCGGUCGGGAUCCCCGUCGAGAACUCCGCAGAUGAGACCAUGCUAAUCAACGUGCUGGAGGUGCGAGAACAGCAGAUCAGUGUCGAGCUCCGGCAGAAUGGACUCAACGGCAGAGACAAGGAGGCGGUCCACCGCAAGGUCGAGGAGCUCAAUUGGAAGAAGGUCCUCUUGCACGGUGUUGGCGGCUGGGCCGGGAGGUACUCCACGCCCAGCAAGAAGUUCGACGGGGGCUUCUUCCUCCUCCGCCUCGUCACCUCCGUGUUGUUCUUACAUUCCUACGUCCCAAACCUCUCCCCCACUUCCAUCUCGAUUCUCCUCCGCGCGUACUUCAGCACCUCCCUCGCACUGUACAUCGCGCGCGGCCGCCCCGCCCUCCCCAUCCGCAACUUCUACGCAUCUGCUGCCAACCCACCCGCACACGCGCUCUCCGCGGAGCCGACGACGAGCGCAUGGUUCCAGAUCCUGCAGAGCACACUCGCGCACAACGACGACUACCUCGCGAAGCUCCAGCAUUCCCUAGCGCACUUCGCCAGCCUCUACGGCGCGACGCCGGCGGGUCUCGCUGAUGCGACCAACGAGGAUCGCGACCCUCGCGUCUGCACUCAACGCGAGGAUGGAGAAGACCUCGGCGACGCGUCGGUAAGGAGAAAUUUCGGAGGCCUCUACGCCUACUCAGGCACUUCCCUCGAGUGCAGCGGCGUCCAGAACGUCUCCGGCGCGCCGCGCACCUCGCGCCAUAAGCGCGGAUGUGGUCAGUUCCGCGCCCCUAUCCCGCUCGAGGACAUAAGUCUGCGCACGGGCCCCACCUACAUGUGCUCUGACGGGUAG